AAAGAGAGGAUGCCGCCUGCAGGACGGAGAUCGGGCAACUUUGGCGGGAAAGUCGUGCCGGGGACCAAGUCGACGAGCAAGCCCAGCAAACCGAGAACUCUUUCAUGCUCGUUCUCGUAGCAUCCGUCGGCGACACAUCCCUACGCAAAAAACCGCGCUUCCGACCGGGCACCGUCGCGCUACGAGAAAUCAGGCGGUACCAGCGCUCGACCGAUCUGCUGAUCCAAAAGCUUCCAUUCGCACGUGUCGUGCGCGAAGUGGCGGAUGACUUCAUCACCAGCGUCUACGAUGGAACAAGCGGCGCCGGCUUGCGAUGGCAGUCCAGCGCCAUCCUCGCGCUGCAGGAAGCGACCGAGGCAUAUCUCGUUCAUCUUUUUGAGGACGCCAACCUAUGUGCAAUUCACGCCAAGCGUGUCACUAUCAUGCAACGAGAUAUCCAACUGGCCCGACGCAUCCGCGGCGUGUGGGGAGGGCUUGGUUGAACCAGACUGAUGUGCAUUCCGUCGAUUCAAAGUCCACUUCAUCCUCAACACACUCUGCAUUACUCUGACAUGACUUUCUCCCAGGCAUCGUUCCAACAGCAUUUGUACUAUCAUCAGCAUUACAAACAGUUUGGUUGACACAG